UUAACCCUCAAAUUUCUAAUCUUCUCUCCAAUUAUACGCACCGUCUUCGUCUCCGAUCCUUUCUUCGCUGCAAAGAAAAAAAUGAAGAAAAUUCGCCUUAAUAUCUAACGUCUUCUUGUAUAUAUACAGAGAGACAAAACCGUCGCGGCCAGUGGCCGGCGUUUCUCUUCACCCCCGCCUUCCUUUCUCUCUUGGUCGCAUUUUGCUCUGUUCAUGUCCUUCUCCGCGGAAAUGGAGGAGGAUAGCGUUUGCCGUCGGAAGCCCUAAUUUCUUUUUCCGACAUGACGAUCGUGACAGGCGAUAGGUACCUCGAGUACCUCGUGAAAUUCGCGGAGCAGAACGCGGGGGCGCUGCUUGAAGGUUCGCUGACUUUGAAGCUUAAUCCCGUGGGGCUCCACUAUGUGCAGUCGCGGCUGGAAGCGUUGCAGGAGCUUGAAGGACUUAUUGCCGAUGCGCCGGUGGAUUAUCUCCGCGCGUAUGUUUCGGACCUAGGCGACCAUCGUGCGCUCGAGCAGCUGCGCAGGAUAUUGGGCCUGCUCACGUCCCUCAAGGUGAUAUCCGUACAUCCACAGCAGGCGCGCGAUCCGACGCCGCUUUCGCUUCAGGCUUUUGGUUGCCUCAGGGUUCUCGAGCUCCGCGGAUGUGAUAUAUCGACGUCGUCUGCACGGGGGCUGCUGGAGCUCCGGCACUCGCUUGAGAAGCUUAUUUGCCAUAAUUCUACUGAUGCUCUGAGGCAUGUUUUCACAAAUAGGAUUGCGGAUAUAAAGGACUCGCCGGUGUGGAGUAGGCUAACUUUCGUUUCAUGUGCUCACAAUAGCUUGGUUCUAAUGGACGAGUCUCUGCAACUGCUUCCUUCUGUGGAAACUUUGGAUCUGAGCAGGAAUCAGUUUGCGAAAGUUGAUAAUCUUGGCAAGAGCUCAAAAUUGCGGCACCUGGAUCUAGGAUUCAACCACCUGCGGACUAUCGCGUCUUUGAGUCAAGUUUCAUGUCCGAUAGUUAAGCUUGUUUUAAGGAAUAAUGUCUUAAGAACAUUGCGAGGGUUAGAAAAUCUGAAGUUAGUUGAAGGUCUUGAUCUUUCCUGCAAUCUCAUUUCCAGUUUCUCAGAGAUGGAGAUCCUUGCAAACUUGCCUUGUCUCCAGAAUUUAUGGUUGGAGGGAAAUCCUAUAUGCUAUGCUAGGUGGUAUCGAGCACAUGUUUUUAGUUUUUUCUCUCAUCCAGAAAGACUGAUAUUAGAUGAUAACAAUAUAAGCACAAAGGAGUACUGGGAAAGACACAUCAUAUAUACAAGCAGACAGAAACAACCUCCAGCUUAUGGAUUUUACUUUCCAGCAGAAAUUCAUACUGAAGAAGAUAGCAGUGCACAUGCAAACAAGAAAAAAUAUUUUCGUUUAGCAAAUAUUGAGGAUAACGAGCAGAGGGAACAUCUUUGUAUGGAAGCUAUUGAACAAGAUUCCUUGUCCUGUGAUAGUGAUAAUCUCAGGAAGGAUGAGAUUACCACAACAGAUGAUGAGUCAAAAAUAAUUGGUCUGAUGAAUAAAGUAGAACACCUGAAGAAGGAAAGGUCCGUACUUUGGUUGCGAGACUUCAAGGAUUGGAUGAAUCAGAGCUCUGACAUCAUAGCUGACAGAAAUCAGCAGAAAGAUUUAAACUUAGAUUUUCAGAGUGAGCAAAGUAGGGAACCAUUAACAGAUGCAAAUUUUGGAGAGGGCUCGCAUUGUGCUAACAGCACAACACAAAAAGAAGGAGGUGGGAGCUUUUCAAACAUAACCUAUUCUGAUAUUUCUGAUAAUGGUAUUUUGGAUAAAAAUGUUAGAACACCUGCGGAAAAUGAUGAAAAAUGCUUUGUAACUGGUUUAAGAUCUCAGGAAGUCAUUUCGGAGCAAGCUGAGAUGGACGAUGAUUUUAGGAAUCCAGAUAACCUUUCUCCCUCUCCCUUAAUUGUAAAUGACAAGUCUAGUAUCAAUUAUUCAACAGUUUGUGGAAGCGAACACUCAGAUCUAGCAAUUAACUCAGGGUCAUUUACUGCAAUUGAUGAGAUCAUUGGAUCCCACUCAUCCUCAAUAUAUCAUGGAUCACCACCACAUUACCGGGAGGACAUUUUACACCGUCGUCUUUACCUAGAGGAAGAGUUCCUACAACUAUCAACUGAGUCUCAUUCUGUGGAAUUGUCAGAUAGUGAUACUAGCUCCAGUGAGGACGAAUCAUGUGUGUUCAAUAUGUCAAUGUGUGAAAAUGAUUGUAAUUGCAUUCAAGGAUUUGCCUUAGAAUCUUCAAACCAUGGGGCUAUUCAUGCUAAUAAUCACAGGAAUGAGCAGGAAGAACCAUAUCCAACAAAUGUACAUUUGUGUGAGGAUCAAACCAAACUCUUUGAUGCUAGUAAUGAAGAAGCAUCCUCCACAAACAAUCAUGCUGAUUCUGCAGGUUGCUGUACCAGUUCACAGUUGAAUCAGGGUGCUCGAGACAUUAAGAGGAUAAACUGUAAACAACAACUUAAGAUAGGAUUUGUCUCUCUCUUUGGGAACUUGUUGACAGGUAAUAGUCAGUCAGAAUGCGAAAAGGUUAAUGGAGUCCUAGAAUCUCACAGAUUUGAGCAGGGCCAGUCAAGCUGUUGUGCAAAUGGUUUCAGUUAUGGUAGGAUGAAUGAUAAAGUUUUGCAACAAAAACAUGGAGCGGAAACUGUUUUGGCAUCCAUAUUUGAUAAAAACAAGCAAAAUGAAUAUAUAAAGGACUUUUUUAACUCAAAUAUUGCGGAUUCUGAAGCUUCUGAAACAUGUCAACAAAUUGUUUUCUGUGGAUUUAUGUACCAGCAGGGAUCAGUUUCUCAUGAGAGUGAAGCUGCUUUACUGAGGAGCUGUAAGAACAAACUAUAUAUGCUACUACUUAAUAAAAUAGAUGAUGGGUUAGAUAAUGUUUCUAAAGUUCCGAGAUGCUACGAGCUUGAUGAGAUUAGGGAAGUUGUUACAGGCCUUGGACUGCAAACUUUAAGGGUACGCAUGGAGGGUGAUAUGACGUAUCUAUUCUUAACAAGAUCAUUUGAGACCUCUAAAGAUUUAUUCAGCCUAUUACAAGUAUAUGAUUCAGGAACAUCAACUGCAAAAUGUUCUAUAAAAAGUUGGGAGCAGGUUCAGGUUGACUUGCUGGAGAAAUAUAUCUCAGGAAGUUUACACAGAGGAAUAUAUUUCUACUCGAUGAUUUUUCUCUUGCAAGACAAAUGUGAAGGAAAAUCAUGGCUGUCAAGGUCAUUGUUUGUAAUUGAGGGAUAUAUUAUUAUAUGCAGUGAGAAUCUCAUACAGUUUGGCUCACCAACGUAUUGUCUUGGAACCCCACCUUAUUACUCUCUUGAUUCACUCUGCCCCAUACAAAACAUAUUGGAAUUGAUCAUAGAAUCAGAAGAGGAUUGCAGAUGCUUAACUUUGAUUGCUGGAAAUGUUCCUUACGGAAACAUUUUUUUGGACGAUAGCAAGAGAGGAAAUCUGCAACAAGAGAAUCGAAGAAGCUGUACAUGGAAACUGAAAUGGGUCUCUGAAGAUUACUUGAUGAGAUUUGUGUCAUUGCUCAAGGCCAUGUACUUGGGCUUCUCUGCAACUUCUCUACAUGUAAAGUAUGCAUCUUGAUCUGUCUAUAGAAUUGUCAAUUUUGCUUUUGAUUCAAUUUAUUCUUUUCAAUUUUAUUU